AUAUAUGACUAAUUGGCAUCUAAAACAUGUUGAAAAAAAAUCUUGGGCACGUAUUUCUAUUCAAAGAAAUAAUAAUUCGUGGCUUGUAAGAGAAAUAAAUUUAGAAUUAGCAGUUUUAGAAAUCCAUUCAACUCUUACGCCUAUAAAUAUAAAAACUAUUAUCGAUAAUCCUAACAAAUUAGCUGGCUAUUAUCCUUAUCAACCUAGUAAAGAUGAUGAAAAUGAUCAAUUGAUUUAUAAAUGGACAGAAUUUGGUAAUGAUUCAUCUUUUGAAAAUAUACAAAAUAAAGGAGUUGAUUAUACUGCAUUCAAAUCGAUGUUUCAACAAUAUAAGUUUGAGAAAAAUAAAUCAUUUCCCUGA